GCCGGCCGCCGCGGCGCCAGAGCGAGGCAGUCGUGCUCUGGCGGGCGUCGCGAGCGGCCGACCGAGGCGAAGCGCAGCGUCGUCCACUGUGCCGCUGGCGGGCCGCGCAGACGUCGCGACGCGCCUCCAGUGCCGGCGGGCGAUCAGCGUACGCCGGAGUCGCGCGUCGCCCCCGCUGGGCCGACCUCGUCCAAAUAUUUACAAACAAUCGCUUCUCUUUAGCGAGUGGAACAUUGUCGUGUACUAUAAUCCCUCACCUGUGAAACCCGGUAACGGACGUAGGCUUUUCGUACAUAAUUGACAAGUUAGCAGUCCGACACAAUAAUAGCGUUAGCAUAAAAAAAUUCCCUAAUUUUUCUCAGUAGUAAUCCACGUAUCUUCUUUGCACAGUGAUCGAGUUCUAGUUUCUCAUCAAGACAUUAGAAAAAUGUCUUGGACCAGUGUAUUCUAAAUACUGGACGUUGUCAACUGUAUUCCGUGCACGAUACUUACGUUUACAGACCCACACAUUAUUCUGAUCAAUCUUGCAAAGGCUCUACUCUAGCAUUUAGCACACCGCCGGUCUACUCUCUAAAUAAUUUAGACAUUUCCAAGAUAGUUUCGAAGUGCUGCAUUCUCGUAGUCCAUCAACCGGCUGCAGUACAUGUUACCUUUUAACCCAAGGGAAAAAAUUAAGAAAAUGUGUGUUUAAACAGACACGGCGAUAAAGGUUUGUCUAAGCAUUGGAAAGGGACGUAUUCUCAUUCUGUGCUAACACUACAGUGCGGGACUACAUCGAAGACCACGAAACAAUAAUACACACUAUUCCGAGUUAUUCAGUGGCUGUGAAAGUUGGCAGUUGAAUUCUGGGCACCAUUUAUCGUGACAUUGUACUCACAUUCCAUAAUACGCUGUUGUAGACAUUGUUCUCUUGUUCUGUGGCACUCUAACAACGUUAGACUGUUCGAGAAUAAUAAUAAAAAAAAACAAUAGGGUUUUCGGGGAGUUCGUCGGAUGUAGAAGCUAUAAGUUAUACUCCGUAUGCUGUUUAACGUGAUAGCGUCUUAGACUCUUAGAGACUAAUUUGUUGAUAAAUGUCGCCCAGUUGUUCUCUAUAGCUCGUACAGUGCUCAACUUCAUCAGAAUCAUUCAAAAGCCGGAUCCUCUGCGAAGCGACCAUCAUAUGUGGUGGAAGUUCCGUGUGGCGCUUAUCAGGGCAGAGUAUUGACGAUCGAGGCAUUCAUUAACUGUUCGUAGGCGUUGCCUGAUUUAUUUGCACAGUGCUGGUCCGAUUCCCUAAAAAGGCACGUAAUUUUCAAAGUGUUAAUCUGUGGAGGAAGUAAAUAUUAUGUGUGUUGUCUCAACAGACAUUUAAUUUCGAGAGAAAGAAACCUGAGGGAACGGAUUAGAAAGUGUGACUUUAUAGAAGGACUUUCUAAGACAGUUCAACACGGGGUUGCGUAAUAGCGUCUACGUAAAUUUGUGACGUGUACUGUCGAAUGCUAAUUACUGAAACAGCGUGUGCUAUCGAACAGAAGUGUAUUCAUUGUUGGUCGCUGACGUUCAGCGCAGGAGUGUUGGUAGGGUUCUAGACUUUGUGACACUGUUGGGCAUCCGUCCCGCUUUAGCUGAAGCAGUAGUGGUAUGUAGACGGAGGCUGGAGCAAGUGACCGAGUGUCGUCGUUCAGCAAUGGGGGCCAGAGCGUUUUUGGCGGGCCGUUUGGUGGCGGUGUUGGCGGCGGCGGUGGCCGGUGCGCUGUCGGGGGCGGAAGCAGCGGAGCCCCCGCCGGAGGCCGCGCCAGGCUUGGACGGCGCCGCCGGUGGCAGCAACGGCAGCGGGGGCGGCAGCACCAGUGGGGGCGGAGCGCGGCCCGCCGAGGACUACGAGAUGUACGACUACAGCUGGAGCGAGUCGCACGCCAUCUUCAACUGGAGCGAGCUGGCGCCCGCCCUGCUGGUGUACGGCGCCACGUUCGCGCUGGGCGUCGCCGGCAACUCGCUCAUCAUCUUCACGGUGUGCCGCUACCGGCGCAUGAGCACCACCACCAACGUCUUCCUGGCCAGCCUCGCCUCCGCGGACCUGCUGCUCAUCACCGUCUGCAUCCCCGUCAAGGUGGCGAAGCUGUUCUCGUACACGUGGACGAUGGGUGCCUUCCUGUGCAAGAUGGUGCACUACAUGCAGAGCGUCUCCUUCGUCUGCUCCGUGCUCACACUCACUGCUAUGAGCAUCGAGAGGUAUUAUGCUAUCGUGCACCCGAUGCGAGCCAAGUACAUCUGCACAAUCAGCCAGGCGCGCAAGAUCAUCUUGGGCAUCUGGUGCGCAUCCUUCCUGCUCGCCUUGCCCGCCAUCUUCGUACAGAUCCACCUGCCGGUGGGGCUGAAGGUGCAGGCGUUCUGGUGCGUGCGCGACUGGGAGCACGAGGCGCUGUGGCGGCUGCACGAGCUGUACAUGCUGGUACUCAUCCUGGUGGUGCCCACGUGCAUCAUGGCGGCCGCCUACACCUCCAUCUGCUGGGAGGUGUGGCACGUCAUGCAGCGCCGCUGCGACAUGACCGCCGGACACAGCCGACACAUUGGUUCGUGCCGGCGGGUGGAGAGCAUGCCGCUUCGGCCCAGCGCGGCCGCCGGAUGCGGUUCGUGCGUGGUCAGCGGGGGCGGUGGCGGAGGCGGCGGUGGGUGCGUCGCCAGCGGGGGCGGCGCCGCCCUCAACGGUGCGGGCCAACACCGCGAGUCGCUGCGCAAGAUCAGCCAGGUGAAGGCCGAGCAGGAGGCCGGCACCGUCAAGCAGGUGAUCAAGAUGCUGGUGGCGGUGGUGGUGCUGUUCGUGCUGUGCUGGGGCCCGCUGCUGGUGGACAAUGUGCUGACCGCCUUCCGCCAGCUGCCGUCCUACCGCACCGACAGCCUCAAGCACAUGGCCACCGCCUUCCACCUAAUGGCCUACUUUAACAGCUGCAUCAACCCGAUCGUGUACGGCUUCAUGUCGAAGAACUUCCGAGAGAGCUUCUACAAGGCGCUGUGCCGCUGCUGCUACCGCGGCAGCGCCGGCCUACGGCUGCGGCCAUCCUCGCUGUCCCACACUCGCAGCACCUCAGUCCGCUACACCACGGACCCCAGCUGCGGGCGACGCAUCUCGGUGACGACGAGCGCCUUCUGAUGGCUGGCGGGCUGGUGCUGCGGGAGGCGAGCGCCGGCGGCCGGCAGCACCGCCCGCUGCGGGGUCAGAGCCAGGGGCAGAGCCAGCGACAGGGCCGGCGACGGAGGCGGCGAGGACAGAGCCGGGGGGCGCGGGCCCGGCCUGCGAGACAUGCCGGCCGCGGCCGCGCGCUGCUGAGCGCCGCGCACACGCGCCGCCAGACAAACCACUGCUCACACCACUCCACAACGCAACCGUAGAUUAUCUCCACGAUGUACUCUCUCUGUGUGUGUGUUAUUUUUGUGUCUGUGUCUUUGUUGUAAUAAAACAUGUGAAAAAAAUCA